AAAAGGAAGGAGAGGUAGAGAGAGACAAAAAGAAGGUGAGAGAGGGAGAGAGAGAGAGAUGGAAAGGGAGAGGGUGGUAGAGAGAGGGCGAGAAGGGGAGAGGAUGGGAGAGAAAGAGAAAGAAAAGAGAGAGAGCAAAAGAAGGAGGGAGAGAGAAAGGGAGAUAGACAUACAAAGAAUGAGAGGUAGAGAGAGGAACCCCACUUGUUACCUUUAAUAAAUAAAUACCGAGUUUUUAGUUUUUAUUGUGGUUCUAUGGGGGCUGAAGCUCCUCCCUGCUUCAGGUGCUCAAUCAGGUUGUAUCGCUCUCACCUGGUAUCAUUAUAAAUGCACGCGCACGUGGCGUCAUUUCGUCCCUUUUAUUUUUCUCUGACGAUGGGUGGACUCUUGUUUCUUUGUGCUGUCCUAUUGCACACCUUUAUAUCAUCGCAAGCUGGAAGUGGACCUUUGAAGUGUAGCCGGGGGUCUAAACUGUGUAAGGAUGGCUCAGCCUGUGUCAUCUUCAACCAUGUGUGUGAUGGAGAGCCUGACUGCACGGAUGGCUCUGAUGAAGAGGACUGUGAUUUAGGAUGCAAUGAAGACCAGUUCCAGUGUGCCCAUGGGAAGAAGUGCAUAGACAAGGAUCAGGUGUGUGAUGGUAUAUCUCAGUGUCAGGACCGUUCAGAUGAACUCCAGUGUACGAAGCAAACUGAGGGCUGUGUUCACCACUGUGACAACGACAACCGCUGCUUACCUGCAAACUUCCUCUGUGACGGAGAGAGGGAUUGCUUAGACGGCACAGAUGAAGCAAACUGUGAGGACCAAGAUGAAGAUGGUCGUGAUGAAGAGGAGAAAGCGACCAGUUCAACCUUGGGGCCUUCUACAACUGAUGGCUCAUUGACCCUGAUCAAGUGUUCUCUGGGUUCUAAACCCUGCAAUGACAACUUCGAGUGUGUUCUCUACAAGCAUGUUUGUGAUGGUGAGGCAGACUGUAAAGAUGGCUCUGAUGAGGGAGAAUGCUCGUCUACAUGUGAAACAGACCAGUUCCUGUGUGCCCAUGGAAAGAAGUGCAUAGAGCUGAGCCAGGUGUGUGAUGGUAUUCCUCAGUGUCAGGACCGCUCUGAUGAGCUGGAAUGUGCCAAGCACAUGGACGGCUGUGCCCACCAGUGUGAUAACAAGAGCCGCUGCAUUCCUAACAGCUUCCUCUGUGACGGAGAGAGAGACUGCUGGGAUGGCAGUGACGAGGCAAACUGUGCUGAUGAGGGCUGCAGUGCCACGGAGUACAAGUGUACAAGUGGCCAGUGUGUGUCCGCCACAAUGCUUUGUGAUGGUCAUCCUGACUGCCGGGACCGUUCCGAUGAGGAGAGCUGCCCCAACGCCCCAAGCUGCACAACCAAACACCGCUGCCCCCAGAGCAAGGAGUGUCUGGUGCAUGAGUGGAUCUGUGACGGAGAUCCUGACUGCAAAGAUGGCACAGAUGAGAAGGAUUGUCCUGUGGUUCCCCUGAGCUGUGAAGAGUUCCAGUGGUCUUGCAAAUCCAAAACCAAGUGUGUCCCUACAUCCUGGAGGUGUGAUGGCACGAAGGACUGUGAGGAUGGCAGCGAUGAGGCCGACUGUGGGGUUUUGACAUGCCCCCAUCACCAGUUCCAGUGUGGCAGCCAGGAGUGCCUGGAUCCGGUCCUGGUGUGCAACGGUAUCACCAACUGUGCCGACGGCUCUGAUGAGGGAGGCACCUGUCAGACAAACUGUGCAGAGGCGGAUAUCAGCCGCUGCUCCCAGAGCUGUUACAGUACACCACAGGGACCGCGUUGUCGCUGUUCUGAAGGAUUCAGGCUCCUUGGAGACGAGCAGACCUGUGCUGAUAUUGAUGAGUGUGAAGGCCGGAGCCCCAGGGUGUGCAGUCACAUGUGCAUCAAUACUCAAGGCUCCUAUCAAUGCAGCUGUCACCCAGGAUACAUAAUGGAGGCAGGUGGACAGCACUGCAAGAUUGCUGGUGAACCCUUUCUAUUGGCGUCUGUCCAAACAGACAUUUUCUUGUUUGGUCUGCGUAGCGGCAGCUUAGAUGUGCUGUCGUCCUCUGCAAAAAAAGCAAUCCUCUCCCUGGACUACGACUGGAGGGAGCAGAGAGUCUUCUGGGUCGGUCUGGACUCUGAGAACAUUAGGUGGUCCUCGUUGGACCAGAAGACCACAGGAACUCUGAUUAAAGGGGUACGAGCUGACUCUGUAGCUGUAGACUGGCUUGGAAGGAAUUUGUACUGGAUCGAUGGCGUGAACAGUCAGAUUGUUGCCAUCAAACUGGCCAAAACUACUGUGAGUGCACUGGACCACAGCAUCCUCCUAGACGAGGACCUGGAGCAGCCUCGCUCUCUGGCUCUGCUGCCGCAAAAAGGGCUGAUGUUCUGGACAGAGAUCGGUAAUGUAGUGAAGAUAGAGCGUGCAGGGAUGGAUGGGUCGGACAGGAAGGCAGUGGUGAACUCCAGUCUGGGCUGGCCUGGUGGAGUGGCUGUGGACACUAUCUCUGAAAGAGUCUACUGGACGGAUGAAAGGUUGCGGUUGAUUGGAUCUGCAACUCUGGACGGAGACGAUGUUCAGAUUCUACAGAUGAAGGAGACCACCAACCCAUUCUCCCUGGCAGUGUUCAAUGACAUGCUCUACUGGACUGAUGCCAAGAAGCGAGUAGUGCAGGCUGCUCACAAAAUCUCUGGCAAAAAAUAUCAAAUUCUCCUGAAGAGGCCGAGACAACCUUUCGCUGUGAAGGUAGUCCACCCAUUGCUUCAGAUGUACACUGAGAGCCCCUGUGAGAAGGUUCGGUGUUCCCACAUGUGUGUGUUGAGCCCGGGACCCAAGGCUGUGUGCAAGUGUCCCUCUGGCCUUGUUCUGGCGAAGGAUGGUUUGAACUGUGCCAAGCAGGUUGACUCAUCAUUCCUGCUGCUGCUGUCUCAAUCCACUGUCACCCAGAUCUACUUGCAGUCCCGACACACGGCAGCAGAGCUGAAGGGCUGGCCUGAGCAUGUUGCGCUGCAGGUUCCCAGCAUCAAUGAGGCAGUGAUCAUGGACUACAGCCUACGUGAUCACACCCUGUUCUUGACAGAUGAUGGUACAACUUCCCUGAGCUCCUUCAAGCUGAAGGAAACAGAAUUGUCCCCUAAGGGUCAGCUUCUAAAACUCAUGAGCGACACCAUCACUGCCAUGGCUCUUGACUGGGUCACGCUCAACGUCUUCUGGAGCAGCAACAAACAGCCCCGCCUGCAGGUCACCUCCACCACAGCAGCACACACUGCUGUUCUCAUAAAGGACGGUGUAGGCAGAGUGGAGGCCAUUGCCCUCCAUCCUCUCAGUGGAAGAGUGUGUUUCAUCAACCUGGGUCUGCAGGAAACAGGAACUCUGGCAACUAUAGAGUGUGCCAGCAUGGACGGUGCUAAGCGUGCUGUGAAGAAGGAUGCUGUCCAGUCCACAUCUCUGGCCUUCUCCAGUAAUGGGGACACAAUUUAUUGGGCUGACACAGGUUCAGGGACCAUCUGCUCUGUCCAGCUUGAUGGAUCUGGAUACAAAGAGUUCAAGACUGGUGCAGGCCUGGCUGCUGUGGCCCUGAGUGAUGAAACUGUGCUUUGGAUGACAGUCAGUGAUAAGACCAGGCUGUGGUACCAAGACGAGCAGCAGCAAAACAAAUUGUGGUUUGAGGUCGGCACAGAGGUGGUCGGUUUAAAGGCGUUUAGCAAGUCUAGUCAGACUGGUUCAAACCAAUGCACAGAAAACAAUGGCGACUGCCAGCACUUAUGCCUCGCCACCCCAGGAGGUCGGACGUGCAGAUGUGCCCAUGACCACGUCCUUGUGAAUGUCACUCACUGCAUCCCAGAGCAGCACUGCCCGGCAGGCAGCAAGCCCUGUCUGGAUCAACUCGCAUGCAAGCCUGUUGAGAAAUUCUGUAACGGGCAUGUUGAUUGCGAUGACCACUCAGACGAGAACUGUGUGGGUUCAAAGCAGAGAUCAGGAGCCAAAGCUCUGGCUCCCACCUUGCUCCACAACUCCUCGCCUCCUCCUAAUCUUGCUGAAGACUCAGGCCUGGGCACCACCCUGAAUGGAAGCGGCCAGCUGAGGAAACUGGAUGCCCAGCAGUGCAGCCAGAGACGCUGCAGUGGCAACGGUCGCUGCGUUGAGAACUCAGGAAACACAGACUGUGUGUGUUCACUGGGCUACAGUGGUGAUUCCUGUCAGGACCACCUCCUCAACAUCAUGCAGGGUCCCAUUGUGUACGGGGCUGCAGGGCUCUGUGCAGGACUAGUGGUCAUUGUUGUGAUGGCUGUGGUCGUCAAAAGGAGGAAGAGUGCCAACACAAGGAGAGCUAGCCCGGCUGCAGGGAAGGAGACGGGUAUGACUGAUCUGGAGAACAAAACGGAGUCCACUCCCACAACACAAAGUGCUGCAUCAGACAAAGAAAAAACAGAGGAAGCUGUGUCUACUGUGGACUGAGGCUGAUUCAUGGGCAAGACAUGUUUUAAAUAAAGUACAUUUUCCACAGUU